AUGCCUAGACUUACAGCGCAGCAUUAUCUCUGGAAAGAGCUCCUCGGAUUCUUAGUUCAUCCCGAGAUUGAUACUCGGGCCGCUGACUUGAAAGUCGCUGAUGUUGCGACUGGCAACGGUAUCUGGCUUCAGGAUUUUGCUCGUGGAAAACCGCCCUCCGUUGACCUUCACGGCUUCGAUAUCAGCCUGGACCAAGUUGGCCCUAAACCAUGGCUACCCGCCAACAUACACAUGCAUAUAUGGAAUAUCUUUGAAGAGGUGCCGGAUGAGUUCGUGGGCUACUUCGACGUUGUGCACGUUCGUCUGAUCACUGUCGUUGUCAAGAAUAACGACCCCAGGCCUAUUCUAGCAAACCUGCACAAGCUACUGAGACCCGGCGGCUACCUUCAGUGGGACGAGGUUGACACCAUCGGAUGUUCGAUCAAGACCGUACCUGGUAAUUCGGCGUGUAACCUUGACGCACUCUUCUCUCAGCUUAAAGGUCAUGACACCUGGAAAUAUGAGCUCACGCGAAUCAUAGAUGAAAACGGAUAUACUGGUUCAACGUUAUAUACCUUCGAGUACGGGCUCGGAAUGGCCCGGUUUUGGAGUGAUUUCUGA